GCGGCUUCUAACGUGCGAGGCUGCAUUCACUCCCUUACUUUCGGCUGUUCUCCCUCUCCGCGUGCGCAAUGCAUUCAUGAGGAAAUCGUAAAGUGUUAAAUGUUUGAAAUCCAAAACCGCCGAAUUCACAUGCUGAAAAAGGACUCCGCUACUCGUGCGCGCGGCACUGCUGUGUCUGUGCAAUAGACUCUGCAAAGAAAAACUCCUCUCACACGCCUGCAAGAAGGACGCUGAAAAGCUCAUUUUUCAGUUUCAAGACAAACGCUCAAAAAUCAAACUGGCUCACGUUCUUCACAACCAACCCAGUUUGACAGCUGCGCUUCACCCCGCUUGGAGGACUGUCAGCAGCAAGAGGAUGGCAUCAGAGCUGGCAAUGAGCAACUCCGACCUGCCCACCAGUCCCCUGGCCAUGGAAUAUGUUAAUGACUUCGAUCUGAUGAAGUUUGAAGUGAAAAAGGAGCCGGUGGAGCCCGAUCGCAACAUCAGCCAGUGCAGUCGCCUUAUCGCCGGGGGAUCCUUGUCUUCCACCCCGAUGAGCACGCCGUGCAGCUCGGUGCCCCCUUCCCCAAGCUUCUCGGCGCCCAGUCCGGGCUCGGGGAGCGAGCAAAAGACACACAUAGAGGAUUUCUACUGGAUGUCCGGUUACCAACAGCAGUUGAAUCCAGAGGCGCUGGGCUUCAGCCCCGAAGACGCAGUCGAAGCGCUCAUCAACAGCAGUCACCAGCUCCAGUCCUUCGAUGGCUAUGCAAGGGGCCAGCAGUUUGCUGGGGCAGCCGGAGCAGGAGGCACCAUGGCCGGGGAAGAGAUGGGGUCUGCCGCGGCGGUAGUAUCUGCAGUCAUCGCUGCUGCAGCCGCUCAGAACGGAGGGCAACACCACCACCACCACCAUCACCACCACAGCGGCAGCCACCACCAGGCGCAGGGCGUCCAGUCCAACGGCACCUCGGGGACAAUUCACCCACACAUGCGCCUGGAUGAUCGGUUUUCAGACGAUCAGCUGGUCACCAUGUCCGUGCGGGAGCUGAACCGGCAGCUACGGGGGGUCAGCAAGGAAGAAGUGAUCCGGUUGAAACAGAAGAGGAGGACCCUGAAGAACAGAGGCUACGCGCAGUCCUGCCGGUACAAGCGGGUCCAGCAGCGGCACGUCCUGGAGGGGGAGAAGACGCAACUCAUCCAGCAGGUCGACCACCUAAAGCAGGAGAUCUCCAGGCUGGUCCGGGAGAGGGACGCGUACAAAGAAAAGUAUGAGAAGCUCAUCAGCAACGGCUUCAGAGAAAAUGGAUCCAGCAGCGACAACAACCCCUCAUCCCCGGAGUUUUUCAUGUCGUCGAGAAAAUUCCUCCAUCUGUGAUUUCCAGCCCGGUUCCUGCGUGCCCAUGGCCAAUUGAGGAGCUGCGUGCUUACAGUGACGGUUGGUUGGUCGGAGGCUCCUCUAUCACAGGGAGCUCUAUUUCUGGGUGCCAGGAUGUUGGUCUCAGUCGUCGAGGGCAGAUGAAAUCGAUCCAGAUUGACCUGUCAUGUGGAGGAGAAAAUGAAUGAGAUAGAGCGGGGGUUGCAGAGGCCAAAGCGAGAAGAAGUACAAAAACAACCUCCUG